GCCGGACCGUCGCAACCCAGUUCCCUUCCCUAGCGCCCCCUUGCUCCUCCGCGAUCGGGGCUCUUCCGCCUCGCGAGAAAGGGCCUCUGGAAGUGGCUUUGCCCGUGACGUCACUUCCUGCGGCACGCAGGAAACAAGCGUCCAGUUCACGCGAUAAUAAUUAGGACAACGCGAUGCUUAGUGGGACUUGUAGUCUUUUUUUUUUCCCCUCUGUCUUCGGGUUUGUAGUUCCAACCUCUAUCUCACACCCACCCCCGACUCCAGAUUGGGAUAUCUGGGUGCGUGGCGGGGUGGGCGGUCCCAUUUUUAGUCUUGGCCGCAAGAGUUUCAUAGUGACGGAGGGGUGGGGGAGAGACACUUUUUUCAUUGCUCUGAGGACCGCUGCCAAAGAGACGCAGUAGUCCCACUCCCUUUUUGGAAGCCGGGAGAGGGCGGCUUGUGUCCGCCAUGUUGGUGAAGGUAAACGUAGGCGACCGGAGUUCCAGGACUGUCUGCUUUGCUGGCUGAAGUCCGCCAUAUUAAUAAAGAGACAGGGAGGACUGACACCCCUCCCCCAUCCCCCCCAUUCACAAACCCGUUUUUCCCACUCGGCUUUCACGACUCCUCUUGGUGGGCCCCGUCCCCUGCCUCGCUUGCCUAGCGUUUGCCCGAAGGAAGCGUAGCAGCCAGCGCCUCAGAACAGGCUUAAGGCAGCGCCGAAUGAAGGGGAAAGGGAAAUGCCGACCAAUUGCGCCGCGGCGGGCUGUGCUACUACCUACAACAAGCACAUUAACAUCAGCUUCCACAGGUUUCCUUUGGAUCCUAAAAGAAGAAAAGAAUGGAUUCGCCUGCUUAGGCGCAAAAAUUUUGUGCCAGGAAAACACACUUUUCUUUGUUCAAAGCACUUUGAAGCCUCCUGUUUUGAUUUAACAGGACAAACUCGACGACUUAAAAUGGAUGCUGUUCCAACCAUUUUUGAUUUUUGUACCCAUUUAAAGUCUAUGAAACUCAAGUCAAGGAAUCUUUUGAAGAAAAACAACAGUUGUACCCCAACAGGACCAUCUAAUUUAAAAUCAAACAUUAGUAGCCAGCAAGUACUACUUGAACACAGUUAUGCUUUUAGGAAUCCUAUGGAGGCAAAAAAGAGGAUAAUUAAACUGGAAAAAGAAAUAGCAAGUUUAAGAAAGAAAAUGAAAACUUGCUUACAAAAAGAACGCAGAGCAACACGAAGAUGGAUCAAAGCCACAUGCUUGGUGAAGAAUCUGGAAGCAAAUAACAUAUUACCUAAGGGCACAUCAGAACACAUUUUACCAACUGCCUUAAGCAGUCUUCCUUUGGAAGAUUUCAAGAUUCUUGAACCUGAUCAACAAGAUAAAACAUUACCAAUUCUAUAAAACAUUCCUUUAAGAGUAGCCCACAAAGAACUUGAUGCCCAUCCUUCAUUCUAUUCAAAGGUAAAAAUAUUUAAGGAAAUUAUGCCAAAAUUGGGUAUUUAAUAAAGUUUUACUUGAAGUACCAUUAUUGCUAUAUAAUUUAUGAAGACUUGAUUAUUAAAAAAAUGGAAACUUUCUAUGAAACUUAUAUUUGAAAAAGAAUGGAAGUGCCUUACAUGAGAAUUAUGUACUUAAAAAUUUUGCUAGGAAAUUGUAUGUUUACAAGGUGUUUUGUGUUUUUGUCUUUUAAAACUACUUUUAAAGAACUGUCUAUGACAAUAUGUUUAAUUUCUAAUAGAAAUUUUUUUUUCCCUGUACCAAUGUUGGGAUAUUACAUUCUAAAUAGGAUGAUAAGUAAGAAUUAGCCAACAUGAAAUAUGACUUUAAAACUGCUGGGUUUUGUAUUAAUUGAACUAUUACUGGCACUGUGAUUGGGAAAUUUUAUAAGGAAAAAGUCUGAGGUACAAGGAAAAUUCUGUUAUUUAAACUUUCUGUGUCUGCUCACUAACAAAAGUGAUAAAAGUCAUGGCCUCCUUCGUGAAAAUAUUAGCUUUUAAAAUAGAUUAUAAAAUAUUUUGAAAAUAAUAUUUUGAAUGUGAAGUGCUCUUGAGUCAUCCAUGCAAGGUAAGGCCUCAAGUAACUGAGACUAGAAAAACUGAUAGCCAGUUGUAUGUUGUAAAAUAAUGUAGACAUUGUGAUCUAGUUUUUACCUUAGUUAAACAAAUAGAUAUAUUUAUAUUACUUUUUUCUCAUAAUAAAAAUUCCACAUUUUCAAUUUUAAAGUUGGUCCACUAAUUAGGCAAUGUGAUGCAAAGUUCCAUGUUAGUAAUACCUCCUCUACCGCCACUAAUAUUGUAUGUAUCAAUAUACAUACCAAAACUCGUAAGCUUUUUUUUUAACCCCAAAAGUCCACAUUAGGAUUUUAUCACAGAAAAGCACUUACCAUAUUUUAUCUUCACACCUUAUAACUUAAAACAGAAUCAAUUUAUUGUACCUAUCAGCUUGUUUUAUCUCCUUUUUUAACAAGUCAAAUAGAGCGACUGAGUCUCAUAAGGGAAGGGAAAUGUAUUUUCUAUAAAAAUACAUGUGUCUGAUAAAACUAUGAAAAUGCUAAUUAUUUUAAAAAAUAGAAUAUGAGAACUAUGAUAGUUGCCAUGUGAAGUAAUUAAAGAGUUCACCUUAUUUCACCAGAUAAAUUUUUAAUUUUAGUAAGAAUCCUUUCCUUUAAAUAGCUUUGGGCAAAUCACAUUAAAAUUAUUAAUGCGUAAUAAUCAAGUUACUCAGUUUUAAUUCAAGCUUCUGACACUACCAUAUGAAAGCAGCAUGUAUAUGCUGAACCAAAAUUGUUAGAAAUUUUUCCUUUAAGGUAAUGGUUGUUUUAUUUUAUAAAGAAUUUUGGGGAGGUUGUGUUUUUGUUUUGUUUUGUUUUUGGUGACAUUUGCUUGGAUCCUAUCGGUAGUCUUUUUACAAUAUUAGCAACCUUUCUUUCUUUUUCUUUUUUUAAGAUUUCACCUAUUUAUUUGACAGAGAGAGAGAUCACAAGUAGGCAGA